UGUCUGGACACCACGUCACCCUGAUUCAGCUGCCAUCACUGGAAAGCUGCCAGGCCUCUGAAGAGGACAUGUGGAAGGAAACACUUGAAUGCCUCCGUCUCUGCGUUUCUGGAGUCGACGCCUUUCUACUCAUAAUUCCGGAAGGCCACCAAACAGAUGAAGACAAGUCAGCUUUGAAAACAAUUGAGCACUUUUUUGGAGAAGAAGUCCGUGCCUUCUGCCUGACAGUGCUUAUGAGACCAUCAGAACAGCUCUCAGAGACUAGACAUGGGGACUCUGUAGUACAUCAGGGAACAGGAACUUCAGAAGGGCCCGAUUUCAUCAUGGAUCACGCCUCGAAGGUUAAGCCACUCUUGGAGAGGGUCAUGAAGAUGAGAGAAGACAACAGGGGCUGGUACUCCUGUGAACUGCACAGCGACUCUCAAUUGAAAAACCACCUGAGUUGCCACAGUCAGUUUAAAGAGAGAGUUUUUAAACUCGAAUGUGAGAUCAACGAGUUGAAAAGCUCAAAGCAAGAUCUUCAGGAAGACACAAAGAAUCUGAGAAUUGUGCUGCUGGGAAAGACAGGUGAAGGGAAGAGUGCCAGUGGAAACACUAUUCUGGGGAAAGAAGUGUUUAACGAGGAUUCAGCCUUUGAAUCAGUGACAACUGUUUGCCAGAAGGAGACUGUCAUUAUCAAUGGAAGACCGAUAACUGUCAUUGACACCCCAGGAUUGUUUGAUACGGAAACUGACAACACAGAGAUUAAGAAGGAGAUUGUAAAGUGCAUCGGCAUGGCAGCUCCUGGGCCCCAUGUGUUCCUCCUGGUGAAACAAGUGGGCCGUUUUACAGAAGAGGAAAGAAAGGCUGUGAAGGAGAUUCAGGUUAUGUUUGGUGAUCAGUCUAGAAUGUACACAAUUGUGUUGUUUACGCAUGGGAAAAAACUGAAGGGCAAGUCUAUUGAGCGUGCAGGUAGUGGGGUGAAUAGUCUUCUUCGUGCAUUCGGAAUGAGAUACCAUGUCAUUGACAACAGCACCAAAGAUAAUAAGGUUCAGGUCAAUGGUCUUCUGAGUAAAAUAGACAACUUGGUGGAAGUGAAUGGUGGUACCUGUUACACCAAUGAGAUGUUUGAGAAAGUAGAAGAGGCACUCAAACAGGAGCAGGAGAGAAUACUUCUGGAGAAGAAAGAGACGAUUGAGAGGGAAAAACAGGAACAACUGUCCAAACAUGUCGCUGAAAUGGAGAAACUGAAGAAGGAUAUGGAGGAGGAGAAAAGGAAACAGGAUGAGGAGACGAAAAGGAGAGAGGAAGAAUUUAGGAGCAAGGAGAAAAGCAUGAGAGAGAGAAUGAAAGAAGCCAUGGAGAAAAUGGAGCAGGAAGACAGACGCAAAGCCAAGGAAAUGGAAGAGAAAUAUCAACGUAAGAGAGAAGAGAAUGAAAAAUGGAUAAAAGAACGGACUAAAGAAAUAGAGUUGGAAAGAGAAAAAUGGGAGACAAAGGCAAGGGACGAUCAGAAGAGGAGAGAGGAAGAAGAAGAGAAGAGAAAAAUUGAAGAGGAUCAAAAGAGGCAAGAAAUGCUAUUCAAUGAAAGAGAACAAUACAACCGUACAGUGCAAAUCAUGUUGAAAUCAUUUGAUGAUGAAAGUAUGAAGAAAAAACAUGAAUAUGAAGAGAGAGCAGAAAAGGAGAGGGAAAAGCAGAAAGAGCUUGAGGAAAAGAUAAAACAUUCAGAAGAAAGUAAAGUCAAGGAGCUGGAGGAACAGAAAAGAAAGCAUGAGGAGGAGUGUCAAAGAAAUCUGGAAAAAGAGGAGAAAAGGCUGAAGGAAGAAGAGUCAAAGUGGAAUGAUAGACUUGAGUCCAUGAAUAAAGAUUGGGAAAAUAAACAAGAAGAGGAGCGAAAGAGACACGAGAAGGAAAAGCUGGAGGAGCAGCAGAAGAGAGAUGCUGAGGAGAAACAGAGGAAGAUACAAGAGGAACAGGAGAGAAAGAAAAUGUGGCAGGAUACUGAGAGAAAAAUUAAAGAUACAGAAGACAGGAUGACCAAGCUUCAGCUAGAGUAUGAUCAAAUGCUUCGGGAAGAGAAGCAUCGCAGUAGAGAACGAGAAGCAAAACAGAGAGCAGAAAAGGAGGAGGAACUGAGGUUACAGAGGAAGCUAUUUGAUGAAGAGAUGCAAACAGAAGUUAAAGCAAGCGAAGAGAGAGAGAAAAGAAAUAUUGAAUAUCUUACAAAAGCACAUGAGAAAGAAAAAGACCAUCUGAAGAGAGAGGUGGAGAUGGAAGCCAGGAGGCAGGCGGAGGACGAGUUUAACAAAAAACUGGACAGAAUAGUUGAAGAGGCAAAGCUGGAAGGGUAUGAAGAGGGAAUUAAAACAGUUCAGUCAGAACGAAGUCAGGCUGGCAGAAGUCUAGAUGAAAUUAUCAUUAAAUAUUUAAAUGUUGAUUUUUCGCACAUUUUCACACAAUUGAACAGAUGUGGACAGAGGAAGAAAUGAAUACCUGACAAAAAAUGUCCUUCAGAAUGUUCUGCAGAACUUCAGACCCGUAUCCAAACUGCCUUUCAUG